AUGAAGCUACUUAUUCGCAAAAAAUUAAAUGACGUCUACAAGAACCACGGUGAAAAAGUCCCUGAGAUGUCAGUAAAGCAGGGUAUUCUACAAAUAGGUCCACGUUUCGUAAUUAAGCCUGCAAUAUGCGCUAUUAGGUUGGGACUGUCUUUGCCAGAAUGGCAAGGUUUAUCGUUCACAGAGCUGCUGAGUGAAAGUGAAAAGGAAGAAUAUUCUCGUGGAAUAUUCAAGCAAGGAGAUAUAAGCUUCUCCGUUCUACUAAAAUUGACCAAAGGGAGUGAGCCUACGGAUAUGCCGGAGUCAAGAGAAGUGACUAAAGAUGCAGAAGAGAGAAGAGUGGUAGCAGAUAUAGAUGAUUCAAGUAGUACCACCAAACGUAAAAGAACUCAUGUAGAGGAAGACGGUGAUGUUAACCCACUAGAAGAGGGUUGCCUGAGAUGCUAUACUAGAUCAUUAUUUGUUCUAUAG